AUUAAAAAAAAAAAAAAAAAAUCUUUUUUAAAUGAGUUAGAAAGCGAGUUGAGGCGAGAGGGAAACUUCCCAACAAAUGCUAAGGUUUGUUUUAAAACGCUUCCGUUUUAGGCGGCGUGCUGACGCGCCUGAAACCCCAGCCCGGGAGGCAAAGGGAUGGGAACCAUUGCAAAUUCGAGCCCAGGCUGGUCUGUAUAGUGAGUUCGGGGGCACACGCAGAGAGACGCUAACGCAAAACAACUCUCAAAUGUUUCCUUUUGAGCACACCGAACGGUGGGAAAGAUACUAGACCGCACGGAGUUCGGGUUAGCCCUGAGGCUGGAGCAGGUCGAGCAUCUCGCCGCGCGGGUAUGGAGGGGGAGACGGCGCAGUUUGGGUGGAAGUUUCCACGUUAGACCGCAACUCUCGGUCUCGAGCCACAGCGCGCCUCGCCUCGGAACGCAGUUUCGGCGGGUUCGGUUUUCCCGCAGGAGCCCGGACCCGCCCGCAGCCUGCCUCACUGCGCGGGCGCAUGCGCAGUCUCACCCACCCGGCAUGGUUGCGGUGGGUCUCCUGUGUGUGGCUGUGGCUGUCCUGACAUGGGGCUUCCUCCGGGUCUGGAACUCGGCGGCGGGAUUGAGGUCUCCGGAGCAGGCGGGCCUGCCGAGAGCCGGAAGCCGGGCCCUUCUGGUGAUCGCGCACCCGGACGAUGAGGCCAUGUUCUUUGCUCCCUCGGUGCUAGGCUUGGCCCGCCUGGAGCAGCGGGUGUCCCUGCUCUGCUUCAGCUCAGGAAAUUUCUACAAUCAAGGAGAGAUUCGAAAGAAAGAACUUUUGCAGAGCUGUGAAGUUUUAGGGAUCCCACCUUCCCGUGUAAUGAUUAUUGACAACAGGGAGUUUCCAGAUCACCCAGGAGUGCAGUGGGACACAGAGCUUGUGGCCAGCACCCUCCUUCAACACAUAAAUGUCAAUGACAUCAACCUGGUGGUGACUUUUGAUGCCGAAGGAGUCAGUGGUCACAGCAAUCAUGUUGCUUUAUACAGAGCUGUGAGGUCCACAUGGAGCCUUAUAAAUUCGUACCCAGAUAUUCGCCAGAAAAAGAGUCAGAUAAAGUUUGCUACAGAAAAAACAAGAGUACCUCAACAGACUGGGGCCCUGCACUCAGAAGGGAGGCUUCCUAAAGGGUGCUCUGUACUCAUGCUCCAGUCUGUGAAUGUACUUCGGAAGUACGUCUACCUCCUAGAUCUGCCCUGGUCGCUCCUGUCACCCCAGGAUGUCCUCUUCAUGCUCACCAGCGAAGAAGUGGCCCAGGCCAAGAAAGCCAUGUCCUGCCACCACAGUCAGCUCGUCUGGUUCCGCCACCUCUACAUCCUCUUCUCUAGGUACAUGAGGAUCAACACCCUGAACUUCCUCUGAAGCGUCGGAAGAGUUUUCAGAUCUUCAGAACAAAAGGGGAAACCAGAAGUCCUGGGCGGGGCUCUGGGCCGACUUACCUCCUUGACGCAGGGAGACUCCAGCCGAGCAGCCACUGAGGAAAAAGGCCAGCCUGGUCUACAUAGUGAGCUCCAGGACAACCAGAACUCACAAAGAAAGACCCUAUCUAAAUAUAUGUGUGUAUAUAUAUAUAUUCUGAUAGUGAAAUAUUGAACCAAUACAAAAAAGUUCUUUUGUAUUAAAGUUAGGUAUAGGUAUAGUGGUACAUGCCUCUAAUCCCAGCAUUCAGAAAGCAGACACAGGUGGAUCUCUCUAAGUUAAGUUUGUGGCCAGCCUGGUCUACAUAAUGAGUUCCAGGACAGCCAGAGCUACAUAAUGAGACCCUUAAAAAAAAUAACCUCAAAUAAAUAAAUUAUGGAUAUUUUAAUAGAACAGAUUGUGAUAAAACUACUUUUAAAUAAAGCAAUAUACCCACAAGUAAAAAUCUAUGUCACAAAAUCAAGAUAAUGAAUAAACAAUUUUUUUAAAGA